CUAUAUAUACUUUGCACGCCAAGGGUGUAACCACUCAAAAUUUUUUUGUUGACUGAGUGGAAAGCUGAAAGCAUGAUCUUUAGCAAUAUGGUUUUGAUACCAAAAUGCAAAAGCAGAGUAAUCUUAUUUCUAUGGUUAUUAGGGAUUAUAGCUUUGUUAAAUGGUUCGGCCGUUGAAGCUCGGAUUCGUCGGUAUAAAUGGGAAGUGAAGUACGAAUACAAGUCCCCUGAUUGUUUAAAGAAACUGGUAAUAACCAUCAAUGGCCGAACACCUGGUCCUACAAUCACCGCACAGCAAAAUGAUACUAUCAUCGUUGAGCUCACCAACAGUUUGUUAACAGAGAAUGUUGCAAUUCACUGGCAUGGAAUUCGACAGAUCGGAACACCCUGGUUCGAUGGAACUGAAGGAGUGACUCAAUGUCCGAUUUUACCCGGAACCACUUUCAAGUAUCAGUUUGUUGUCGACAGAGCUGGAACAUACUUGUAUCAUGCACAUUAUGGGAUGCAAAGAGAAGCUGGGUUAUAUGGAUCAAUCAUUGUUGGACUUCCUGAUGGAAAAUCCGAACCUUUUACCUACGAUUAUGAUCGGAAUAUUAUACUCAAUGAUUGGUACCAUAAAAGCACUUAUGAACAAGCUGCUGGCUUGUCUGCUAUUCCCUUCCAAUGGGUUGGAGAGCCUGAGUCACUUUUGAUCCAUGGAAGAGGAAAGUUCAACUGCUCUACUUUAAUUACUCCAAGUUUAGACGCUGGUAUUUGCAAUGCUACAAAUCCAGAUUGUGAGCCUUUCAGAUUAAUAGCAGUCCCUGGAAAAACUUAUCGAUUGAGAAUCUCUAGUUUAACUGCUCUAUCAGCCCUCAGCUUCCAAAUUGAGGGUCAUAAUAUGACAGUGGUUGAAGCUGAUGGGCAUUACGUUGAGCCAUUUGUUGUACAAAACUUGUUCCUUUACUCGGGAGAGACAUAUUCGGUCCUAGUAAAAGCCGACCAAGAUCCCACAAGGAAUUAUUGGAUAACAUCCAAUAUUGUUGGUCGAUCAGCACCCAAAACUCCUCCUGGUCUCGGCGUUUUCGUUUACUAUCCAAAUCAUCCAAGGAGAUCUCCUCCCACAACUCCUCCACCUCCUCCUCUAUGGAAUAACACUGACCCUCGAUUAGCUCAGAGUCACGCCAUUAAAGCUCGCCAAGGUUACAUUCACACUCCACCUUCACGUUCAGACAGGGUCAUUGUGUUCCUCAACACACAAAACACGAUCAAUGGGAAUGUUCGGUGGUCGGUCAACAAUGUCUCUUUCGCACUUCCUCAUACACCUUACUUGAUCGCACUCAAGGAAAAUCUAACCCAUGUGUUCAAUCAAAACCCACCUCCCGAUGGGUACGAUUUCCAGAAUUAUGAUAUCCGUAUAGUACAAGAGAACAAAAAUGCUACUUCGAGCAAUGGGGUUUACAGGUUGAACUUCAACUCAACUGUGGAUAUUAUACUUCAAAAUGCCAACUCCAUGAUUCUUAAUACCAGUGAGACGCAUCCUUGGCAUUUACAUGGACAUGAUUUCUGGGUAUUGGGGUAUGGGGAAGGGAAGUUCGAUAUGUUCAAUGAUCCAAUGAAGUAUAAUUUGGUGAACCCGAUUAUGAAGAACACAGUGCCGGUACAUCCUUAUGGAUGGACUGCUUUGAGGUUUAGGGCUGAUAACCCAGGAGCUUGGGCAUUCCAUUGCCAUAUAGAAUCCCAUUUCUAUAUGGGUAUGGGCGUGGUAUUUGCAGAAGGGAUUGAUAAGGUUGGCAAGUUACCAUCUUCUAUUAUGGGCUGUGGUGAAACUCAAGGUCUUUACAGGCCCUAGUACAUAUCCUUACAUCUUAAUUCUUUCUUUCUUUUUUCUGUAUUUUGGAUUGUAUAAAAGAUUAUAUUCGUAUUUAUUUAAAAAAAUAAAAAUCAUUUGUUUUAUAAA